AGGAAGGGAAGCCAGUGUAUUUCCUCCCCUUCUUUAUCUGAAGGAAGUGCCAAAAUAAGCAGCGCAGCCCCAGCUCGGACACCUUUUCCACGAGCGCGAGGCAGAAGCCAGAGGGUUCGCAGGCACAGACGCACCAUAAAGACCGACAUAAAGACCGACAUGAAGACCGACAUGAAGACCGACAUGAAGACCGCCGCGGUCCUGCUGCUGCUGGCGUCCGUCCACGUCUUCUCAGUUUCCUCAGACCAAACGCAAACAGAGACACCAAAAUCCCAAAUACUUCCACAAGCAUCAGAACCACUAAAAUCCACUUCAGCCACGGUUCAGCCCAGCAGCACCAGAGGCGCUGGGUCCGCUGCAUCGGGUUCCACUUUAAGCCCAGGCCACCAUGGACCAACCGACGCGCCCAGCAGCGCCACAACAGAGACCAAACCAGAAUCCAACCUUCCCGUAGGAACCCCUGUAACCAGUGCUCCCAGCAACAAUAACUCAGCUGAUACUGAUGGCAAUGUGACACUGAACAGUACGAACCUGCCAAAGCCAGUAGGCACCUCAGAGACCCCACGGCCUCCAGGACCAGCAGGCACACCAGCAAAACCAGCAGCACCAGCAGCACCAGCAGCACCAGCAAAACCAGCAGCACCAGCAGCACCAGCAGCACCAGCCACACCAGCAAAACCAGCAGCAUCAGCAGCACCAGCCACACCAGCAAAACCAGCAAAACCAGUAGGCACAACUGCAGCACCAGCAGCCAAACCAGCAGCACCAGCAGCCAAACCAGCAGCACCAGCAGCCAAACCAGCAGCACCAGCAGCCAAACCAGCAGACACAUCUUCGGUCGCUACAGACGUUGGCCAAGAAAGUGUUGAAGGGACAAAGUCUGGAAAAAACGGCGUCAGCAACAAACAGAAGACACAAAAAGACAAGCAGCUGUGGUGGAUCGCGCUGCCCGUGGGUCUGCUCGGCGCCGCCGCCGCCGCCGUCGGCCUCCGCUUCAGAGGCAGGAAGGUCCACAACCCCACAGAAAGCAUCGACAUCGGAACCGAGAACGCGUCCUUCCAGAGCCGCCCUGAGAGCACCAAAGAUGGCGUCCUGCUGCUCGGCGUGAAGUCGUCGGGCGGCGAGGAGAGCGCUGCUGCGCGAUAAGAGGACGAGCCGCAGCGUCGCCAUGUGCCAGUGGACGACGCAGCCGCCGCCUUCGCUCCCGCGGCCCGGACGCGCGGCUGAGACGCUCCGCUGCCGCAGAGAGCAGCUGUUCACCUCCAGCUGUGGAGCUCGACCUUUAACCUCCACCGGCGAAGACGAGUCGACCCCACGUUCGCUGUACAGUGCACAGAGCUCAGAUCCAGCUCAUAUCUGAUGUAUCAGCUCUUGUUGUAUCAUAUUGUUCUGUUUUGUACAUUAAGGUUUUGUUUUUUUCAGAACAGGCUCUGUUUUACUUUUACUCCAUUGUAACAUAAACCACAGUUCUUGCCUCGCACUGGUCGUAAAUAUAACAUAGAUGCAGAUGACUGUAUAUGAAAACACUGGAUCUGCUUCUUGGCUGGAAUUAACAGCUGGAAACAUCAGCUUCUUUAAUAAAUUAAUAAAAACGGUUUGGUUCUUA